GGUUUUCAAAGGUAGAAAAAUGGCGUCUGUUAGAUCGUUUCUACAGCUGGUAAAAACUCAAAAAAAUCUCUCAUCUAUCCAACAACAACGUUUCAUGUCGAUUGUUAGAGAAUCUGGAGCAUUGGAGAAUCCACCUCACCUUACCCGGUUUUCUAUCUCCAAAGUUAUGACUGUUGUUUUACCAUUUAUAUUUGGUGGAGCCUACAUAAGCAAAUCAGUUGCAGCUUUUCUCGAAGAAAACGAUAUCUUUGUCCCUUCUGACGAUGAUGACUGA